AUGGGCAGCAUGGACAGGCUCUCGUCGAUUGUCGCAUUCGCGGACAAGCUGCACAUUUUCUCCUGCGACUCGGAUUCCUUCGCGGAAGCCUUUGGAGGCGAUGCCGAGCAGCAGAAGUUCUACGAGUGUCGGCGUUGGUGCAUGGCCCUGGCGUCCAAGAGAAAAACCCACUUUGGGGAAAGCCACGUUCGCGGCAUUGUCGCCAAGAACCUCCAGGCCUUGCUUCGGAACUGUAUGAGUGCGGGCUCUGUUGCUAGAGACGCCAUGUACGUUGUGAUGAACUAUGCUUGUGAUGCGCUGCCUUCUCUGCAGCGGCCUAUUGCAGAGACCGUGCUCUCCCGGAUGGAAGCUUUAGUGGAGUCCGACAUAGCUGCCAACCCGGGGCAGAUAGGUGAUUGCAUCACGAGCCUAACGAUGGUAUUGCGCUCGAUGAACAAGCCUCAGCGUCAGAAGUGGGCGUCCCUCCUGGUCAAGCUGCUGAUGGACAGUCAUGUCCGUGAAGAUGAGCUGAUCUGGCGACUGAACAUGCUGUGGCUGGCUGAUGACAACCCCAGGGAAACCUAUGCAGAAGCGAGACAGCAGGUGCGGACUUUCGCAAACUCCGCCUCAGAAGAUUUGCAGGCGCAUCUCCAGUAUCUCAUUCACAGCGGCUGA